CCGAAGGUAGUAUUUGACUAUGUAUGUUUGACCAUUGAAAAGAAUUUAUCAUGCUCAAUUGACCUUCUACUUGUACCAUAAGAUGUUUCUAGCAUUAAGUUUUAGCUAGUAAUUGAAAUUAUGAAAUGAAUUGUGGAAUAUAGGAUGGAAAUUUUGAACUUAAGUACACAAAGUAGCAUACUAAAGUUGGUAGGAACCAUAGUAUCAAUUAGUGGGACAUUGGUAGUGAUCUUGUACCAAGGACUCCCUAUCAUUUUAUUCUCUUCACCAAUCAAGGCAUCUUUCCAUAUUCUUGUUGAACAUCAUCAAGCACAACCAAACUGGAUUGUUGGGGGCAUCUUUCUUUCUAUGAGCAGCAUAGUCAUCUCACUCGCAUAUGUUACAAAGACUUGGAUUGCGAGGGACUUCCCUUCAGAAGUGCUGAUAAUACUAAUUACUUUCUUCUUUGAGACAAUAGUGGCAACAAUUGCAACUUCAAUUGCUGAAAAUGAUGCAAGUGUUUGGAAACCAACCAUAGGUAUCCAAUGGAUAUCAAUUUUAUUUGGGGCUGUAGCAGCUAGUUUAGUAAAUAUUGUCGAUACAUGGGCAUGUAGAGUGAAGGGGCCAGUGUUUGUGGCAAUGUUUAAGCCACUUCAAAUGAUUAUUGCAGUUAUUAUGGGAGUUUCUCUCCUUGGGGAUGUUCUACAUCUUGGGAGUGUAAUCGGAGGGUUGAUCAUAGCAUUUGGAUUCUACACAGUGAUGAAAGGGAAUGCUGAAGAAGAGAUGCUUAAUAAAGAUGAUGAAAAUAGAUUGGCUUAUAUCAUAGAUGAUGUAGAAGAGUCGCAUCCUCUUAAAAUCCCUAUGCUAUAUGACAAAAGCAUGGAUGCAUGAUUUUAAAUUUCUGCAUACAAUUUCAUCUAAUCUUUUGUUCAAUAUUAUAAUCCAAUUAUUUAUACAUAUUGUAAGUGAUGAUCUAAUGUAUAUGAUUUCAUGAGUUUGAUUUGAAGAUCGAAUAAAUCAUUAAGGUAACAAUGUAACAUAACACAAUUCGGAUUGGUCUAAUAUUAUGGAAAUUGUCUAGCUUGAUAAAGUUUAAUUAAUUAGGAGUGGUAUUCAGAAAGAUUGGAACUUUUUUAUCAUCUUCGUCGCUCUAAAGCCUAUAUAUGCUCUUUGUUUUUAUUUUUUAUUUUAGUUUAUAAAGAAUUAAGCCUAUGUUUAAUUCAUCUUAUAGUGGGUUGCAAAAUGUCCAUCAAAUUAAUAUAGAUAAAGCAUUGAAUAAAGUAGUGUUCAAUUUUACAAAAACCCCAUUGAACUAAGAGAUGAAUAAAUUCAAGUAGGGAAAGGAUAGAUUUCAGGAUAUACGGAAACUUAAAUUAUGAAUGGAGAAAGUAAUAACCAUUUUACCAAACUAUUGGCCACCCUCAUCAAAAAGGGUGAAUGAUAUAGACAAACAAAG